UUGGAUUGUGUGUUCAUUGCAUUCACUCCCUGGUUCAUUUCAAGACCCUGUUUUUUAAAACCUUCCACAAACUUACACGGAGGCUAAUGGGACCAUUCAUGUGAGAAAGGGCUGCAGGAUUGGGACCCUUAUUUCACUCUGCUUUCUUUUCUUCAAUCAUCUAGCACUGGCCUCCUUUCUGUCCCUCCCAGGGUGGUGGAAGAGCAUUCUCCUCUGCAGCUCUUGCCACCUGGAACAGCUACCGUGUCAUGUCUCUCUCCACCUGAUCCACUCUCCAUCUGUUUUCACAUCUCAGCUGAGCACACAGCUUGUCUCCCUUGCUUCUGCACCUUCAUUUCUCUCUCCCUCUGCUAUUCUUUCUUAGCUGUGAAAGGCGCUAUACAGAAUGAGGUUAUAGUGUAUUACUGUAAGGUGACCAGAUAUCCCCAUUUUAUAGGGACAGACCCGAUAUUUGGGGCUUUGUCUUAUAUAGGUGCCCAUUAUCCACACCCCGCACCCGAUCCUGACUUUUCACACUUGCCUUCUGGUCACCCUAUAUUACCGGCAGGUCUGAUCUGUUUCACUGAGUGGGGGAAUUCAGAUCAGGCUCUUGGGCUAGGAAGCCAAGUCUCUCGGCGUCCCCGCAACCAACUUGGCAUCACUUUCUGAUCUGAGCAGAGGUGAACCUUACCCUGAUUUAUAAACCUGGCAGGAAACAAAAUACUUGUAAAAUUGAAAAUGUCAUUCAUCUUUUCCAUCUUCCUGGGACAGUGAGUCACCAAGGAACUAUCUGUGACUCCUACCGACCCACUGUGCAUGGGGCCUUUGUUCAGAACGAGAAAUCAAAUGAUAUUCAGCCCACUCACUAAUUCAUUGGGCUGAAACACCCUUUAGUGCUUUGUCAUAAAUCUAUGUAACUGAGGGGUCUGAACAGCUCGGGGGAUUAGUAAUCCUCUCUCGGAGACCAGCCUGAGUCCAUCCUGAGCUGGGAGUGAUUGAAAGUCAUUCCCAUCACAUGGCUGUUCGGUGACCAAAUGAGUUUGGUGAGUCUGACUCCAAUUCAGCACAUCUCCAUCACAAAAAACACAGUUAGAAUCAACACUAACUCGUCUCCUGCUUGGCACUUGUUGCAGAAAAGCCAAGGGCUAAAUGACAAAUGGAAACUGAGCUCCCCUCUCGCUCCCUCCAGGGCAGGCAUUAGGCACGCUGGAGGAAGCUUGCCCUGCCUUCUCCUUUGCUGUGCUUGCAUGAUGCAUGGAGAAAGAGAGGCCUUCAGUCUCCAGGGCUGGCGUGUUGGAAAUGUCCCUCCGGGAGCCCCCCCCUGCCAGUCUGGGGUCCUGGGGGCUCCUGCUCCUGAGCCUUCUCCUUGCCCCGCUUGCCUGCCAGGCUUGCCCAGCCCCCUGCGAGUGUUCGGAACCAGCCCGGACUGUCAAGUGUGUCCUGAAGGAGCUGAACACUGUUCCGGCUGAGAUCCCCAAGUACACCCGCAACCUCUUCAUCACCAGCAACCAGAUCGCUCUCAUCAGCAGCCAGGACUUCCAGGGGCUGCCCAACCUGGUCACCCUCUCCCUGGCCAACAACAGGAUCAGCGUUGUGGAGUCCCAGGCCUUCUCUGCCCUCCCCAGCCUGCGUUACCUGGACUUGAGCAAUAACCGCUUGGCCACCAUCCACCCCGAUGCUUUCAGCUCCAGGAACAACUCCAUCCGGGAACUGAACCUGAGCCGCUCAUUCUACAACUCCUCCGCCAUCUGGCCCGUGGCAGCUGCCAUAGUCCAGGGUGGCUUCCGCAGCCUCUCCAAGCUGGAGCUGACCAACAAUGAGAUAGUCUACCUGCCGCUGGGCAUGUUCUCCAGCCUCCACAGCCUCCGGCACCUGGACUUGAGGAACAACUCCCUGGUGGACAUCAAGAACUCCACCUUUGCUGGCCUCCACCUUGAGCACCUCGACUUGACCUUGAACGCCCUCAAGACCCUGCGGAUUGAGGCGCUGGCUGAGCUGGGGAGGCAGCUGCGCCUUCGCCUCUUCCUGAGGGACAAUCCUUUCGUGUGCAACUGCGACAUCGAGGACCUGGUGAGCUGGCUGAAUCAGAGCCAGCAGGUGGCCGAUGUGGAGAAACUGGUCUGUGUCUUCCCCCGGCACCUCCAGAACACAUCCCUGAUGGACCUGGCCGGGGCAGAGCUGGGCUGCCACUCCAGCCAGCACAGCAAGAACACUCUGCACACCUCCUACGUCUUCCUGGGCAUCGUUCUGGGCAUCAUCGGCAUGGUCUUCAUCUUCGUGCUCUACCUGAACCGCGGGGGCAUCAAGACGUGGGUGAACAGCACGCGGGAUGCCUGCCACGAUUUCAUGGAGGAGUAUCACUAUCGUUACGAGAUCGACUCCGACCCCCGCGUCACUCAGGUCGCCACCUUGGACAUAUGACCACAUUCCUCUCGGGAGCCCACGUGGGGCUCUUUGGAUGGCUUUGUGAGCUUCCAGGGGUGGCCUGGUGCUGCCCAUCUCCCGAAUCUAUUCAUCUGCUUGGUGAUGAGCUGCCACACUCCUUGUGAUGGAGUUGGAACUUAUUUCUUCUCCUGUCUGAGGGACCUUGCUGGGGGGAAGGCGCAAUCUCCCCCUGCAUGGUCUGUCUCUUGCACUGCAUUACCGGCCCUAAGGAAACCCCUCUGGCAGUGAGACUCAGCCUUGGGCAGAUCUCUUUCUGGGCAUUAUAAAGGGGACACAGGAAGGGGAUUUCUGCCUCCCUUUCACUUCAGGCUUCCAUUUGGGUAUUUUUGGGGUGGGAGGCUCUAUCCAAUGCAGGGAGUUGCUGCAGUGGGAACACAAGAACUGCCCCGCGAGACCAACCCACUGGCUGUUAGUUCGGCAUCCCCACUCUUCUACAGCAUCAGUGCAAACCUUUGAUAUAAUGCAAUAAUAAACCUUGGGGGUACAUGGGAGAUUCCUUCCUAACCCCAGCUGAUGAUCAGCCUACGCCCUGGAGCAUGUGGAUCGAGAGCCCUGGGAAUGGUUAGUUUAGCUCUGAAGCCACUGCUGCCAGUGGAGGGAAUGAGCUGUGAAAACCCAGGGCUGUGUUUCGAACGCCUGCUAGGGGGCCCCAGGCCAGCAGUGGCAGGACAGCUGGGAUUUCACAAGUAUCCUGGGAUGAAAGGGCUUGUGUGAUGGACUCUCUUCCUGCUUUCUGAGAUGCUGGCUGAAUCCUGGGGACGCCAGCAAAUCCCUCCUCGCGCAGGCGCCCCACAGGAGCUGGGCUGGGAGGGAGGGGAAGUUUUACACGGCAGGGGGGAGGGUUCUUUUAGGGGUUUUAGUACUGUACAUAUUGUAAACCAGGGGAAUGGACGGGGGGGAGGGAGGAUUUUGUUUUUCUCAAUGCACUGAGCGCACAGAAUAAGUGUCCCGGCUGCUGGCAAAUUCCUUUUACGACCUAAGGCCCAGAUUGUUAAUGCUACGGCGGCGGUGCUGCAUGCAGUCACAACGCCCAACUGACUUAGGAGCCCGAUCGCACUUUCCAAAGAGAUUUAGGCACUUAGGCUCAAGGGAUUAGGCUCCCCAGGCAGCCUGGUGUUGGGCUCUGAGUGCAGCAACAUGAUAGCGUCAUCGGGCUGGGAUCUUCCAUGCAAACCUUCCUCUGGGGUGUCAGUUCGGGAAGGGACUGACCGUUGCACUCCAAACGGGACGGCGGUUGCCUUCCCCCCAAGGUGGGAAUGUGCUCCUAUUGGUUUUGUUGCCCGAUUCUGACCAAUAAAUGAUUUCUCAAACUGUG